AUUGAUGUGUGAAGUGUUGACUGAAUUUGUCAAAUAAGACAUUGUAUUGAAGGAGUGAUUAAACCGAUUAACAAUUGAAUCGGAAGUGAAUUCGUAGUAAUAAUGACAACCAAUUCAAUGGACAAAACUGAUGAUAACAUUGAGGUGUUGAGUGAAGAUGUUCUUCGUAUGUCGACCGAUGAGGUGGUCGGCCGGACACGACUGCUGGACAACGAGAUUAAGAUAAUGAGGAGUGAAGUGUUGCGAAUCAGUCAUGAAUUGUCGGCACAAAAGGAUAAAAUCAAAGAAAACACUGAAAAGAUAAAAGUGAACAAAACUCUGCCAUAUCUGGUGUCCAAUGUCAUCGAACUCUUAGACAUUGAUCCCGAAGAGUUGGGCGAAGAGGACGGCGCCAACGUUGACCUCGACUCACAACGAAAGGGCAAAUCAGCUGUCAUUAAGACAUCGACGAGACAGACGUAUUUCCUUCCGGUCAUCGGUUUAGUCGACGCCGAGAAACUCAAACCCGGAGAUCUGGUCGGAGUCAACAAAGACUCGUAUCUCAUAUUAGAGACAUUGCCCGCAGAGUAUGACUCGCGCGUCAAAGCCAUGGAAGUGGAUGAGAGGCCGACUGAGCAGUACAACGACAUCGGAGGUCUCGACAAACAAAUUCAAGAACUCAUUGAAGCGGUGGUUCUGCCGAUGACUCAUAAGGAGAAGUUCGUAAACCUGGGAAUACAGCCCCCGAAGGGAGUGCUUCUAUACGGCCCUCCCGGCACCGGGAAGACUCUGAUGGCUCGCGCGUGCGCCGCACAGACGAAGUCGACUUUCCUGAAGCUGGCCGGCCCUCAGUUGGUGCAGAUGUUCAUCGGCGACGGCGCCAAACUCGUGAGGGAUGCGUUCGCUUUGGCCAAAGAGAAGGCGCCGGCCAUCAUCUUCAUCGACGAACUCGACGCCAUUGGAACCAAACGGUUCGACAGCGAAAAGGCUGGCGAUCGGGAAGUGCAGAGAACUAUGUUAGAGCUGCUCAACCAAUUGGAUGGCUUCAGCUCGAACACCGACAUCAAAGUGAUUGCCGCCACAAAUCGAGUCGAUAUUCUGGAUCCGGCGCUCUUGCGUUCGGGUCGACUCGAUCGCAAGAUAGAGUUCCCGCACCCGAACGAAGAGGCCAGGGCUCGCAUUAUGCAAAUACACUCCCGGCGUAUGAAUGUGGACAAGGAGGUCAACUAUGACGAGCUCUCGCGCUGUACCGACGACUUCAACGGCGCUCAAUGUAAGGCCGUGUGCGUCGAGGCCGGGAUGAUAGCCCUGAGACGUAGCGCCUCUCAAGUGACUCACGAGGACUUCAUGGACGCUAUCCUCGAAGUGUUGAGUGAAGAUGUUCUUCGUAUGUCGACCGAUGAGGUGGUCGGCCGGACACGACUGCUGGACAACGAGAUUAAGAUAAUGAGGAGUGAAGUGUUGCGAAUCAGUCAUGAAUUGUCGGCACAAAAGGAUAAAAUCAAAGAAAACACUGAAAAGAUAAAAGUGAACAAAACUCUGCCAUAUCUGGUGUCCAAUGUCAUCGAACUCUUAGACAUUGAUCCCGAAGAGUUGGGCGAAGAGGACGGCGCCAACGUUGACCUCGACUCACAACGAAAGGGCAAAUCAGCUGUCAUUAAGACAUCGACGAGACAGACGUAUUUCCUUCCGGUCAUCGGUUUAGUCGACGCCGAGAAACUCAAACCCGGAGAUCUGGUCGGAGUCAACAAAGACUCGUAUCUCAUAUUAGAGACAUUGCCCGCAGAGUAUGACUCGCGCGUCAAAGCCAUGGAAGUGGAUGAGAGGCCGACUGAGCAGUACAACGACAUCGGAGGUCUCGACAAACAAAUUCAAGAACUCAUUGAAGCGGUGGUUCUGCCGAUGACUCAUAAGGAGAAGUUCGUAAACCUGGGAAUACAGCCCCCGAAGGGAGUGCUCCUAUACGGCCCUCCCGGCACCGGGAAGACUCUGAUGGCUCGCGCGUGCGCCGCACAGACGAAGUCGACUUUCCUGAAGCUGGCCGGCCCUCAGUUGGUGCAGAUGUUCAUCGGCGACGGCGCCAAACUCGUGAGGGAUGCGUUCGCUUUGGCCAAAGAGAAGGCGCCGGCUAUCAUCUUCAUCGACGAACUCGACGCCAUUGGAACCAAACGGUUCGACAGCGAAAAGGCUGGCGAUCGGGAAGUGCAGAGAACUAUGUUAGAGCUGCUGAACCAAUUGGAUGGCUUCAGCUCGAACACCGACAUCAAAGUGAUUGCCGCCACAAAUCGAGUCGAUAUUCUGGAUCCGGCGCUCUUGCGUUCGGGUCGACUCGACCGCAAAAUAGAGUUCCCGCACCCGAACGAAGAGGCCAGGGCUCGCAUUAUGCAAAUACACUCCCGGCGUAUGAAUGUGGACAAGGAGGUCAACUACGACGAGCUCUCGCGCUGUACCGACGACUUCAACGGCGCUCAAUGUAAGGCCGUGUGCGUCGAGGCCGGGAUGAUAGCCCUGAGACGCAGCGCCUCUCAAGUCACUCACGAGGACUUCAUGGACGCUAUCCUCGAAGUUCAGGCCAAGAAAAAAGCAAAUCUUAAUUAUUACGCUUAAACUCAACAUCUUUUGCUCUC